CUCCGCAGACUGCAAGAGAAUCUCCCCCGAAAGCGUGCUGGGUGACCUCGGCAGUUGCUAGUAGACCGCGCCGGCCACUCUCGCUGCGCCUCCGAUUUCCGAGGAAGAAGUCGCGUCCGCUGCCGGAUCCUCGACUCGCCUUCCCUCCCUCCAGAGGCAGAUCCAGCCCCGCAGCAGCAGACUCCAAGUCCGGGCUCCAGAGUUCUCAGGCUCGAGCCAAAGUUAGCCUUGCGAGUUCCUCUUCCUCUUUUUCUUUUUGCUGCAAUAGCACGAGGGCUAUCUAUCCCUGCGCCUAACAAUGAGCUCCCAGGCAGCCAGAAGCGUCGCCUUCGCCGUCACCUUGUUCCAUUUAGCCAGGCUGGCACUCUCCACCUGCCCAGCCUCCUGCCAGUGUCCCCUCGAGGUACCCAAAUGUGCCCCAGGAGUGGGGCUGGUUCUGGACGGCUGCAGAUGCUGCAAGGUCUGUGCUAAACAGCUUAACGAAGACUGCAGUAAACUUCAGCCUUGCGACCACACCAAGGGGCUGGAAUGCAACUUCGGCGCCAGUUCCACGGCUCUAAAGGGAAUCUGCAGAGCCCAGUCCGAGGGCAGACCUUGUGAAUAUAACUCCAGAAUAUACCAGAACGGCGAAAGUUUCCAGCCCAACUGUAAACACCAGUGCACAUGUAUCGACGGGGCGGUGGGGUGCAUUCCUCUAUGCCCACAAGAACUGGCUCUGCCCAACUUGGGCUGCACCAACCCCCGGCUGGUCAAAGUGGCCGGACAGUGUUGUGAAGAAUGGGUGUGUGACGACGACAUCGCCAAAGACGCCCUGGAUGAGAUGGACGGUUUCAUGGGCAAGGGUCUUGAAAUAGGAGCCUCUGAAAUUGAACUCACUAGAAACAAUGAGUUGAUCGCCAUUGGAAAAGGAGGCACCCCUUUAAAACAACUCCCUGUUUUUGGAUCGGAGCCACGCAUCAUAUAUAACCUAUUUCAUAGCCAGAAAUGCAUUGUUCAAACAACUUCAUGGUCCCAUUGCUCCAAGACUUGUGGAACUGGUGUCUCGACCAGAGUAACCAAUGACAACCCCCAAUGCCGCUUGGUUAAAGAAACCAGAAUUUGUGAAGUGCGCCCCUGUGGCCAGACAGCGUAUAGCACACUCAAGAAGGGAAAGAAAUGCAACAAAACUAGGAAAGCUGCCGAGCCUACGAAGUUUACCUUUGCGGGAUGCACCAGCCUCAAAAAGUAUCGCCCUAAGUACUGUGGCAACUGCGUGGAUGGGAGAUGCUGCACGCCCCAGCAGACCAGGACCGUCAAGGUCCGAUUCCGUUGCGAGGAUGGGGAGUUUGUCACCAAAAACGUCAUGCUGAUCCAGUCUUGCAAAUGCAUCCACAACUGCCCACAUGCCAACGAAGGCACGUUCCCAUUUUACAGGCUGUUCAAUGACAUUCACAAAUUUAGGGACUAGACCACCCUUUGGGCUGGAGUGGGAAACUGAGGGGAGGCAGUGUCAGAAUCGGAAAUACCAAGACGUGCGGGGCUGGGGUGGGAUGGGGGAGGGGGAAGAAACCCUAUUGUAGAAGUGACGCCUUGCUCAUUCUUGAGUCACCUUAAAGGUAUUUUUGAAACUUCCGAGUGCACUGUGCAGAUGGACAUUAAGGCAAACGAGAUUUGAGGAUACUUAAUGCUUCAUAGUAUUGGAGCCCCUUUUUAUUGCUUCGUUUCGGAGCCUGUUAUGUCGACAACAUUCUGCUUUCUGUUUGUAAAUUAUUUGGUAAACAUAUUUCUCUAUCUAUGUCUUUAAAAAAAAUGAUGUGAUUAGCGGGACGCCUGAAGACUUUUUGACCCUUUUUAUAGAAGCAAAUUGGAGAAUUUUCCACCCUUCCCUGAUGUGGCACUCUGUGAGUGUGGGCAUGAGUGGCAGCUAUGAUGUGCCAACUGCAUCUGAACUGCAAACAGAAACCAGCUGUUUUAAGACUGAAUGUUUUUAUUUAUCAAAAAAAAUGUAGCUUUUCUUGGGAAAAAUGUAAUACUGGAAUAAGUUGUAAAUGAUUUUAAUUUUAUAUUCAAUGAAAAAAUUUAUU